CACAAGCCUGGCUGCAGUUAGGGCCCAGGCAUUCCUCUUCUUGUCAGACUCCGAUCGCCCCCGACCCCCGCAGGUCUUCUGGACUCUGCGGCGGCACCUCCCGCAGCCUGCUCCAAGCUGCGGCUGAGGGUUCCUGACCGCCCCGCUCCGCCCUCCAGGGCUCCUAGGUCACACUACAAGUCCCAGAAGUCCCCGGGGCGGAAAAUAAACUUCCGGCUGAAUGCGAGUUGGGCUGCCGGGUGCGCAGCCGGGACUGCGCAGUCGCAGUGCUUCGCCGUAGAGAGUGGAGGAGCAGGGGUCGAGGGCUGGCGCCGGGGGAGGAAUACUCGGGUCGAACCUCUUUGGGGGUCUUUCGUGUUCUGGACUACACUUUCCAGAGGCCUCCGGGAGUGACGUCACUUCCUUCUAAGGUGGUCAGCGCCGUUGUGCCGGAGCGAGCUGCACAGCGCCCCGGCGCGGGAAGCGCGCGGCCCGUGGGUUCGUUCAGGUCUGGCGGAACGUGAGGGGAACGCCGGGGAAGCUGAAGGUGACCAGAGACUAAGGGAAGAGCCGCUGUUGGACAACUGAGAGUUUUAUCCAAGGACUGCACUUCUCCAUGAGGAGAAGCCAGAGGAGGACUCAUAAGUUGCAAUUCUAAGCCAUGCCUUGUAGGUUGGUGUUGUUCAAGGAUGUGGCCGUAGACUUCUCUCAGGAGGAGUGGGAGUGCCUGGACUUGGAACAGAAAGAUUUGUACAGAGAUGUGAUGUUGGAAAACUAUAGCAACUUGGUCUCACUGGCAGGAUUUUCCAUUUCUAAAGCAGAUGUGCUUUCCUUAUUGAAGCAAGGGAAAGAGCCCUGGAAGGUUGUGCAGGAUGUGACAAGAAGUCAGAGUUCAGACUGGGAAUCCAGGUGUGAGACCAAAAAGCUGUCCUCAAAGAGAGGAAUUUAUGAAAUAGAAUCAUCUCAAUGGGAGAUAAUAGAACAGCUCACAAGACAUAAGUGUGAGUGUAAAAGUUUUCAAGAUGAUAGGGAAUGCAAAGACCAGAUUGAAAGUCAAUUUGGAAAUAAAGAGGGACUUUUCAGGCAACUUUUAAUCACUUGUAAAGAAAUUCCCAAUUUUAGCCAGACCACAUCCCUUACAUUAAAACGAAGAAUUCAUUUUCUGGAGAAAUCCUAUGAAUGUAAAGCAUGCAGAAAAUACUUUAUCCGUGGCUUUCAACUUACAGAACAUCAGAAGGGUCAUUCCAAUGAAAAAUUCUGUGAAUGUAAAGAAUGUGGAAAGGCCUUUAUUCGGGGCUCAGAACUUACUUACCAUCAGAGAGUUCAUGUUAAGAAACCCUAUGAAUGUAAGGAAUGUGGAAAAGCCUUUAUUUGUGCCUCACAGCUUACUUAUCAUCGAAGAAUUCAUACUGGGGAGAAACCUUAUAAAUGUAAAGAGUGUGGGAAGGCCUUUAUUCGUGGCUCUCAUCUUACCCAACAUCAAAGAAUUCAUACUGGUGAAAGACCCUAUGAAUGUAAUGAAUGUGGUAAGGCCUUUUUUCGUGGCUCUCAACUUACUUACCAUCAGAGAGUUCAUACUGCAGAGAAACCCUAUCAAUGUAAAGAAUGUGGAAAGGCCUUUAUUCGUGGCUCCCAACUUACUGAACAUCAGAGAAUUCAUACAGGUGAGAAACCUUAUGAAUGUAAGAAAUGUGGGAAAGCCUUUAGUUAUGGCUCACAGCUUACUCUACAUCACAGACUUCAUACUGGUGAAAAACCCUAUAAAUGUAAAGAUUGUGAGAUGUCCUUUAUUCGUGGCUCACAACUUACUGAACAUCAGAGGAUUCAUACAGGUAGGAAACCACAUGAAUGUAAGCAAUGUGGAAAGGCCUUUAACUAUGGCUCACAGCUUAUUCGACAUCAGAGGAUUCAUACUGGUGAGAAACCCUAUGAAUGCCAAGAAUGUGGGAAAUCAUUUAUUCGUGGCUCCCAACUUACUGAACAUCAAAAAAUUCACACUGGAGAAAAACCUUUUGAAUGUAAGGAAUGUGGGAAAGCCUUUAUUCGUGGCUCACAUCUUACUCAGCAUCAGAGGAUUCAUACUGGUGAGAAACCCUAUGAAUGUAAAGAGUGUGGGAAGACCUUUAUUUAUAGCUCACAACUGACUCAACAUCAGAGAAUUCAUACAGGUGAGAAUCCCUGUGAAUGUAAGCAGUGUGGGAAGAUCUUUAUUUGUGCCUCACAACUUACUCUACAUCAGAUUUCUCAUUCUGGUAGGAAACCAUAUGAAUGUAAGGAAUGUGGUAAGGCUUUUAUUCGUGGCUCACAGCUAACUUACCAUCAGAGAGUUCAUACUGGUGAGAAGCCCUAUGAGUGUAAUGAAUGUGGGAAAGCCUUUAUUCGUGGUUCACAUCUUACUCAGCACCAGAGAAUUCAUACCGGUGAGAAACCAUACAAAUGUCAUGAAUGUGGGAAGGCCUUUAAUCGUGGCUCACAACUUACUCAACAUCAGAGAAUUCAUUCUGGUGAAAAGCCUUAUAAGUGUAAUGAAUGUGGUAAGGACUUUAGACGUCACUCACACCUUACUCAACAUCAUAAACUUCAUAAUUGAGAAAAACUUUAUGAAAACACAAAUUUUUUAAAUCUUUUAUCUGCCCAUUGGCACUCAGCUUUGGAAUAUCAGAUAAUUCAAAUCAUGAAAGUGGGAAUCCUUUACUUUCACUCAUAGGUAAUGACUCAGAAAAUUCAAACAAGGAAAGGCUAGAUUAAUAUAAUGGAGAAUCAGUUUCCAUCAUAUUUCAAUCUUUGUUAGGCAUUAGUGAAUUCAUACGAGAGUACAACCAUAAAAUAUAGGGUUUUCUUGUUUGGCAUCGUUCUCUUGUUUAGCAUGAUCUGAGUCCCACUGUUUACUACAUGUGUGUUCCUUUGGGAAAGUUAGUUAACCCCUGUUGCUUUAGUUUUUUCAUUUAUUAAACAUUAAAUAUUCUCAUUAUAAUGAUUUAAAGACAUAAAUACAUAUAAAGCCUUGAAGCAGUGUCUAAUAACUAGAUUAUACUUAAUAAACAUUAGUUAUUGAAAUUUUAUUAUUCAGUAUUUUAAAAAAUUUUGUUUUCCUUCUGGGCUCGAGUCAUCUUUCUUUUUUCUCAAUUGAAGUGUAGUUGACGUACAAUGUUAUAUUAGUUUCAGGUAUACACCAUAGUGAUUUGACAAUUCUGUACCUUACUCAAUACUGACCACAAUAUGUGUGGUUACCGUCUGUCUUUAUACAACAUUGUUACAAUAUUAUUAUUGACUAUGAUCUAUUAACUGUGCUGUGCUUUUCAUCCCUGUGAUUUACUUACUCUGUUUUAUUUUUUUAAAAGAUUUUUUAUUUAUUCAUUUAACAGAGCUAGAGAGAGAGCACAAGUAGGCAGAGUGGCAGGGAGAGGGAGAAGCAGGCUCUCUGCUGAGCAGGGAGUCUGAUGCGGGGCUCGAUCCCAGGACCGUGGGAUCAUGACCUGAGCCGAAGGCAGUCGCUAACUGACAGCCACCCAGGCGUCCGAUUUACUUAUUUUAUAACUGGAAGUUUGUACCUCUUAAUCCUCUUCACCUAUUUCACCCACCCUCAAGCCCCUGCCCCUCUGGCAACCACCAGUUCUAUGUAUUUAUGAUUCUGUUUCUGUUUUGUGUUUCAGAUUCCAGAUAUAAGUGAAAUCAGAUGGUAUUUGUCUUUCUCUGUUGACUUAUUCCACUUAGCCUAAUGUCCUCUAAGUCCAUCCAUGUUGUUGCAAAUGGCAAGACCUCAUUCUUUUUUAAGGGGGAGGAAAGAAGGGAUCCUCCCCCUGCCUUUAGCUAAUAUUUCCCUGUGUAUAUAUAUAUAUACUACAUCUUCUUUAUUUAUUUGUCUAUUGAUGGACACUUAGGUUGCGUCCAUGUCUUAGCUAUUGUAAAUAAUGCUUCAGUAAACAUUGGGGUGCAUAUAUCUUUUCAAAUUUGUAUUUUCAUUUUCUUUGGGUAAAUACCCAGUAGUUGAAUUACUGGAUAGUAUGGUAUUUCUAUUUUUAAUUUUUUUGAGGAAGCUUCAUACUGUUUUCCAGUGAUUGCAUCAGUUUACAUUCCCACCAACAGUGCAUUGAGGGUUUCCUUUUUUCAGUAUUUUAAUUGUAUAUUAUUACAGAAUUCAAAUGAGAGGAAGACUUUACAAAUACAGUACACAAGGUAACACUUUAAUCAGUCUUUUUUUUUUUUUUUAAGAUUUUAUUUAUUUAUUCUUGAGAGACAGAGAGAGAGAGGCAGAGGGAGAAGCAGGCUCCCAAGGAGCAGAGAGCCCGAUGCGGGACUCGAUCCCAGGACCCUGGGAUCAUGACCUGAGCUGAAGGCAGUCGCUUAACCAACUGAGCCACCCAGGCGCCCUAAUCAGUCUUACUAAUCAUCAGAUAAAUGAUUUUGGAACAGAACAUCCUAAUACAAUUAAUGUGAGGUUAUACCUUGUUCUGAACAUUAAAAUUCUUAUUAGAAGGAAACCCUAAGGAAAAUGGCUGUUACAAAUAAAGCUACAUAUGAACAUUUGUAUAUAGGUUUUUGUGUGAAUAUAAUUUACAUUUUCCUGAUAUAAAUGCCUAAGAGUGCAAUUUCUGGGUCUUAGAGUAAAUGCAUGUUUUCUUUUAUAAGAAAUGGACAUAUUAUUUUUCAAAAUGGCUUUACCAUUUUACAUUCACACCAGGAGCGUAUGAGUGACUUUCUCAGUAUUUGGUGGUGUCAUCACUUUUUAUUUUAGCCAUUGUGAUAGGUGUGUAGUGAUGUCUCUUCGUGGUCUUAAUUUGCAUUCCCCUAAUGACUAAUGAUGUUGAAUACUUUUUCCUGUGUUUGUCAUCUGUAUGUCCAUUUUGGUGAAAUGCCUGUGUCUUUUACUCAUUUUUGAAUUUUAUUUUUUAUUGUUGGGUUUUGAAAGAGUACUUUCUAUAUUCUAGAUGAUACUAGUCCUUUGCUAUGUGGUUGUGAAUAUUUUUCCUGAAGCAUAGCUUAUUUUUUUUAACCUUUUAAUAGGGUCUUUUGAAGAGCAGAAGUUUUCAGUUUUGAUAAUGUCUACUUUAUCAAUUUUUCCUUUUAUGGCUUUGCUUUGGUGUCAAAUCUAAGGACUCCUUGCCUAGCCCAGAUUCCAAAGAUUUUUCCUAUGUUUUUGCAUAAAUUUUUUAUAAUUUUACACAUUUUACACCUAAGUCUAUAAUCUAUUUUGAGUUAAUUUUUCAUGUAUGUUGUAUGCUUUAGUUUAAUGUUCUUUCUUAGUUUGUUUUGGCUAAUGGAUGUCCAUUUGCUCAAGCAUCAUUUGUUGAAAACACUGUCUUUCCUCCAUUAAAUUGCUUUUGUACCUCUGUCAAAAAUCUAUUGAAUAUAUGUAUGUAUAUCUUACUUCAAGGUGUUCUAUUUCCUUCCAUUGAUCUAUGUGUCUGUCCCUGUGCCAAUAUCACACUGCCUUGAUUACUGUCAUUUUAUAGGAUGUCUUAAUGGGAUUUCUCCUACUUUAUUCUUUUUCAAGCUGAUUUACCUAUUCUUAGUUUUUGCCAUUUCAUAUAAAUAUUAGGAUAAGCUUACCUAUAUCUACAAAAUCUUGCUGAGGUUUUAAUAGGAAUUCUGUUUAGAAAUAAUUUGUAUCUUUAGUAAAUCUUUUAAGAUUUUAUUUAUUUGACAGAGAGACAGCACAAAUAGGCAGAGCGGCAGGCAGAGGGAGAGGGAGAAGCAGGCUCUCCGCUGAGCAGAGAGCCAGAUGCAGGGCUUGAUCCCAGGACUCUGAGAUCAUGACCUGAGCUGAAGGCAGCCGCCCAACCGACUGAGCCACCCAGGCGCCCCUUUAGUAAAUCUUUUAAUCCAUGAAUCUGGUAUGUCUCUCCAUUUUUAGGUUAUUGUUGUUAGUUUGUGUUCUCCAAAAUAUUCAGGUAGUAACUCCCAGUACUUAUGAGUGUGACCUAAUUUGGAAAUAGGGUCUUUGCUGAUGUAUUCAAGUUAAGAUGGAGAUCAUAUUGGAUUAGAUUACUAAUAACUCUGAUGGCUCGUGUCCUGAUAAGAAGAGGGAAAUAUGGACACAAACACACAGGGAAGGCCAUGUGAAACCAGAGACAGAUUGAAUGAUGCAUCUACAAGCCAAGGAACACCAAGAAUUACUAGUAACUACUAGAAACUAGAAGGGAAAGAAGGGAUCCUCCCCCUGCCUUCAGAGAGAGCAUGACCCUGCCAAUACCUUAAUUUUGAACUUCUGUUCCCCAAAACUGUAAUAGAUUUUUGCUGUUUGAAAACACUAAGCUUGUGGUAGUUUGUUUUGGCAGCCCGAGGAAACUAAUGUCAUCUUUUAAAAAAUUUUUUACUAGGAUUUGUAAUUUUUGGCAUACAGAUCUUAUACAUGAUUUGUAAGUGUAUAUACUUAAGUGUCUCACUUUCUUUGGAAAAAUUCUAAUUGGUGUUUUUAAUUUCAACUUUUAACUAUUCAACAUUAGUAUAUACAAAUUAUAUAAAUGUAUAUCUGUAUGUUGAUCUGGUAAUCUGUGACCUUGCUGCAAAACUCACCAACUCAUUCUGGAAGGUUUUGUUUCAUUUUUUAGUAAAUUCCUUGGGGUUUUCUUUUCUUUUCUUUUCUUUUUUUAAGAUUUUAUUUAUUUGAGAGAGAGAGAAUGAGAGACAGAGAGCAUGAGAGGGAGGAGGGUCAGAGGGAGAAGCAGACUCCCCGCCGAGCAGGGAGCCCGAUGCGGGACCCGAUCCUGGGACUCCAGGAUCAUGACCUGAGCCGAAGGCAGUCGCUUAACCAACUGAGCCACCCAGGCGCCCUCCCUUGGGGUUUUCUAUAUAGACAAUCAUGUCAUCUAUGAACAGCGACAGGAAAGUCUGUGUCUUUUAUUUCUUUUGUUUGCCUUAUGCUGGCUGUAACUUUUAGUGGUAUGUUGAAUCACACAGGCGAGAGCAGACAUCCUUGCAUUUUUCCAGAUCUUAGGGGGAAACAUUGUCUUUCACCAUGAAGUACAAAGUAAGCUGUAGGCUUUAUGUAGAUGCUCUUUUUUAUUUUAUUUUUUUAAGAUUUUAUUUAUUUAUUUGACAGAGAGAGACACAGCAAGAGAGGGAACACAAGCAGGGGGAGUGGGAGAGGGAGAAGCAGGCUCCCCGCAGAGCAGGGAGCCCGAUGCGGGACUCGAUCCCAGGACCGUGGGAUCAUGACCCGAGCUGAAGGCAGUCGCUUAACCAACUGAGCCACCCAGGCGCCUUAGAUGUUCUUUUUUAAAUUGAAGAAGUUCCCUUCUGCUCUUGAGAGGCUUUUUAAAAUCAUGAAUGCAUAUUGGAUUUUAUCUGGACACAUGAUAUGAUUAUAUGAUUUUUUUUCUUCAACCUGUAUAUAUGGUGGAUUACAUGGAUUGAUUUUUGAAUAUAAAACCAGUCCUUGUAUACCUGUAAUAAAUUCCAUGUAGUCAUGUUUUCUAAUUUCUUUUUGGAAUUGAUAUGCUAACAUUUUGUUGAAGAUUUUUCUAAAAUUAUGAUGUUCUAUCAUUGUCAUUUUCUUUCUUUUCCUCCCUCCUUUCCUUAUUUCUUCUAGUCUUUGUCUCACUUUGUAUUGUAUAAUGUUGGCCUCAUAAAAUGAAUUGGGAAGUGUUUUUCUGUUUUCUGAAAAAAGUUGUAUAAAAUUUGUGUUCAUUUUUCAGAUGUUUAUGAAAAUUUGCAAGUGAAACCAUUUGGGCCUGAAGAUUUUUAGGGAGCUUUACAAUUAUAAAGUCAGUUUCUUUAAUGGUUAUUCAGUCAUUUGGCUACUUGGGAUAUCUGUUUCAUCAUAGUUGAGAUUUGGUAGCUUGUGGUUUUUGAGAAAUUUAGGCUAAGUAGUCUUACACUUAAAAUUUUCCAGCUUCCUCCCCCAAUAAAAUUUUUGAAGCUCAUUCUCUGAGGCUGGUAGCAUAGCCAUAGUGUCAAAAUUAAACAAGACCAGAUUCCCUUAUAAUGAUAGAUAUAAAUAUUCUAAAUAAAACAUAAGUAAUCUCUACCAGACAAAAGAAUACAAAGGAAUACCGCUCCCCAAGAAUGUCCAAGAUUUAAUCUGUUCUAGAUUAAUUAAUUACAUUUUAAGAGUUUAGAAAUUAUAUUUCGAAGAGAUUAUUAUGAUGGAAAAAUUAUUUGCAGCCUCAAGUCAUUUUAAUUCUCUCAGUGAAUGGUUUUGAAAUAUGUGUUUUUCAAGGUUCUUUGAGAGUGGCCUAAUUUACAGGACCUUAUGUACAAAAUUUAAGUUAAAAAUUCAUACAGUAUUAUUACCUGCAAAAGUUCAUUGAAAAUACACUACCUGCAAAAGUUCAUGUGCAAACACACUGUAUAGACAUUUUGGCUGAAUAGCCAAGUUUUAAAAUUAAUAUUUGCUUUAAGACCAAUGCACUAGCAUAGAAUCAACUUCUGGCAUUCAGAAAAUCUCAAUUUAAAAAAUGUUUAUGAUAGACUUUGUUAAAUGAUUGCAGGGAUUUUUUUUCAUCAUGAAAUUUUGAGGUCCUUUAUUUGAUAUUUUGCUUUUAAUUAUUUCUUACAAUAUGAGAAUUCCCAAAUAGGACUUACUGUUGAGAUAAUAGCCAAGGUGAAAUUAAAAUAACAUUAAGAUUUUUGCUUUUUUUAGAUGUUCAAAUUAUCAAUGCUAGUGUCCCAAUAGUUCUACAAAGAUUUCAGUUAUGAUCUAAUUUAUUAAUUUGCCUUUUUGUUACUUGAAUUAUAAAUUCAUUGACUCUGAAAAGGCAUGAAGUUCUUCUUAAAGUUGUCUAGCAAAGACACAUUCUCCUAAUAUUUUUAUUGUUAUGUCUUAUUGUUUAACAAAUUUUAAACUAUUGAUACCUACAACUUAAAUGUACUGUUUAUGUGCAACUUGCCAAAUUAAGAGUUCAAAGGUUAGUCAUUACAUACUAAAUAAAUAUUAGAGGAUCAUAAUUCAUGUGUAUUUAGCAAUAUUGCUAUGGAGUCACAACAGCCCUUCGUUGUUACCUGUACCACCAGCCUGUUUUGCUCAGGUUUUGUAAUUUAUUAUAUCAUAAAUAAACCUUUCACCAGUAGAUUGCAUGAUUGUCACAUCUGAAAAAUAUUUUUAUAAUGAUGUAACAGUAAUGUACCGUGUGCUACCUUAAAAUUAUUUGUUUUGAAUUCUUUUACUCAGGACCAUAUCUCCGUGUUAAUUGAAUUGCAUAGAUAAUAUGUUAGCCAAAAAUUUCCUGUAGUACAUUUCAAGUAAUACUAUGAUUCAGAUGAUAUUAGAAAAAAAGAUUCUGUGGUUGAAAAAGACUAAAUCAUGGCAUAUUUCACAUCACUUUUUGGAGCAGUAAGUUCAUUUUAUUUCAUCAGGGCUAUAAUAUUUCAGUAAAGCAAUUUUUUAAAACUUUAACCCAUCAUGUGCCAAACGUACUUGACCAUGAAUCCCUUCUUAUAAUGCCUGUUAAUAUCUUUUGCAUAUGAACUAUUUUUGUAAAUGCUGCUCUAGCUAUGAGAAAUAACCUCAGAGGUAGAAACUCUAAAACAUUAUAGCUGGAGGCCAAUUAAGUUUAUGAGAGGGCAAGUUUCUUUCUCUGUAAACCAAUCCCAUUCUUUUUCUACAUAUAGGACCCUUGUCCUCUUAAAAAAGGGAAAUUCCUCCAUGUAACAAUCUCCCUUCACAGUCCCUUCUUACUCUUCCCUCUACCCCAAUUCUUAGUUCAACUUAAUGAGAUAUUAACAAAAAACCCCAAGAAAACAGGUUUGUGGAAUUUUAAAGACAUGGUAAUGAAAUAAA